AUGGUCACCGGCGUAGUCUACGUCCACCCGCGCAGCGCCUUCUCCGCCUCCACCACAUCCCUCGCCUCCACCGCACCCCCCGACAAAUCCUUCCUCAAGCGCCUCUUCAACCGGCACCGCCCACGGGGCACCCCCUCCCCCACAUCCAGCACAUCCACCACACUCACAACAACAACAACAACAACGCCACACCACACGUCCAUGGCGCCCUCGCCGCACACCCACCCGCUGCUGGCAAAGCCCUGCGCGCGCGACGAGCUCCGCCCCCGCACGCCGCUGGCAAAGUACUCCCACCUCGACGGGACCAUCUCGGCGGGCGGCGAGGGGUUCGUGCAUUCGCGGCGUGUGCUGGCGGUGCGGGAGCGGGAGUGGGGGAGGGGAGUGGAGGGGGGGAGUGUGGGGUUAGCGGGGGGGAUGGGAGGAGGGGUGGGAGAGGGACGGUUCGUGCAGGAGUGGGGGUUCUUUAUAAAGUGCUAUGCGGAGGGCAGGUUUAAUCUGUCGAACCCGCCGGACCCGCCGCCGAGACGGGCGGGGUUCGAGUAUCUUGUUGCGCCGACGCCGCCGGGGGAGAAGGCCAGGCUCGAGGCAGUCAAGGCCUGCAACGUCUCGCUGCCCGACAACGCAAACGACAAGUACCACCGGCUCGUGCAGCUGGCCAGGAAGGUGUUCCACACGCGCAUGGCUGCGAUCAGCUUCAUUGACGGCGAGCGCGAGCUGUUCAAGGCCGAGCACGCGCUGGGCCGGCGGAGCGUGGCGCGCGACGAGAGUAUUGGCGCGCAUGUGCUGCUGUCGGGAGAGCCGAUGGUGAUUCUGGAUGCGGCAAAGGACUGGCGUCUCUCCGGAAACCCGCUCGUCGCCUCCGCGCCGCACAUCCGCUUCUACGCCGGCGCGCCCAUCGUCACGUACGACGGCCACACAAUCGGCACCUUCUCCGUCUUCGACACCGCGCCGCGCGACACCUUCUCCGUCGCCUGCCGCCGCAAGCUCAUGGACUUUGCGCGCCUCUCCAUGACGGAGGUCGAGCUGGUGAUGGAGGAGCACGACAUGAUGCUGUCACGGUGCACGUCCAACACCACGACGCUGGAGCGCCCUCUGUCGUCGCCCAAGAGCAGCAGCUUCACGAGCGGCAGUACCAGCUGUCCACCUACGCCGACUCCUCCUGCAGCAGCGGUGUUGAAGCGCGAUGCAGCAGCACCAAUAGCCCGCCCGCUGCCCAUCAUGCGCGCCCACGUCCCGCCAGCCAUCAACAUCCCGCGCGACACCAGCUGCGACCGCCAAUCGCGCACAUCCACCCGUCUCUCCACGAUGCCCACCCCGCCACACACCCCCAGCCGGCCAUUCUCAAUCUCGACCGCCGCGUCACUGUCGCUCUCAUACAGCCACACCUUCUCCCCCACCUCGCCCACCUCCCCCGUCAAUCUCGCAUCAUCACCAACAACCACAACCGCCGCCGCAGACGGAACCACAAUAAUCACCCACCACCCCCACCCCCACCCCCACCCCCACCACCAGCCCCCAGCAACCCCAGGCCCAAUAACAUCCAUGGCCGAGGCCUCCUUCGCAACAUCCAUCAUCGCCCGCUCACUAAACUACGACCUCGUCUACCUCCUGCGCGUCUCGCCCGUGCGCUCGCCCGAGCCCCAGCUCUACGACGACGCCACCGCAUGCGCCGUCGACAACAUGUACACCAAGAUCCUGGUGGCGCACGGCGUCCCCGAUCCCUUGCCCGUGUUUGACGCCGCGCUGCAUCUAAGGGCGCUCAGGAGCGCGGGCGGGCUAGUGUACCGCAACCCCGCACGGAGCAGCGAGGAGGACGAUGUCGGGUAUGGGUUGGGGAUACUGCUGCCGCUGGUGAGGGACCAGAGGGGGGAGGUGGCGGAUGAGGGGUAUUGUUCCGGUGGUGGUGGUGGGCCGGGGGGUGUAGGGAUGGGAGGUGGCGGGGAGGGGUGUGCGGGGGGGAUUGUACUGGCGGCGUUUACGAAGGAGGGCGGGAGGGAGGGGGCGCCGCUGUUUACGGCGGAUGAGGUGCACUGCUUGAGGGAGUUUGGGGAGGCGAUGAAGGAUAUCCUCGUCAGGGUGGAUCGCAAGUUUUAG